AUGCCUGCUUCGAACCGAGCCUCAGAUAGCGGAGCCCCUCCGCCACCUCCGAUCCGCCUUGACCUGCCUUCUAUUCUAGCCUAUGUCAAAAGAACCUUUUACCUCAAGCUAAUCUUCUGCCUCCUCGUGGAUUUGAUAGGAUUAGCGAGCUACAUAGUACCAGUCGUUGGCGAACUUGGCGACACUGUCUGGGCGCCACUGCAAGCGUACAUCUUGUGGCACUUAUUUGGGUCUGUGCGAGUUACGCUCCUAGGGUUGUUAGAAGAGUUGGGACCAGGAACGGAUAUUUUACCAACAGCAACAAUCUGUUGGGCAGUGGAGAAUACAGACUUCUUAGGAGGGUCGGGAUUAGGAUCCUUGUUAGGGAUGAUAAGACACGUGAGACAGGCAAAUCCGACGCAUGAGGAUUAGUUCUUCUGACGCAUGUUGAGGACUUAUCACCGUUUAUGAGUUAUUUGUGG